AAUAUUUAUAGAGAUAAUCAAAAGAGUUCUUUUCCUUGAGAUAAUCUAGAAGUGUUUGAAAAAAAAAAACAAUGAAACAUCAUUGUUAAUUAGAAUUAUUGAACUGUUAUCAUAGUUAUAUUAUUAGAUAUGAGCGAUAAGCAGAAAGUUCUUAUUUGCGGAGACGUGGAGGGGCACUUCAGAUUUCUGUUCUCUAAAGUGGAUGCUAUCAAUAAGAAGAGCGGUCCAUUCGACUUCUUGUUAUGUGUUGGUAAUUUUUUCGGUGAAGAUAAUUCCGAGCUGGAAUCCUACAAGUCCUGCGAAAAAGCCAUUCCCGUGCCGACAUAUAUUAUUGGACCUAAUAGGGAGGCGGAUCUGAAACACUAUACCGAUGGGGAUGGAUACGAGAUAUGUCAAAAUCUCACCUAUCUUGGAAAACGUGGUCUUUAUACUGCUAGUUCAGGUCUCAAAAUAGCAUAUCUCAGUGGUAUUGAAAAAGCAUCGACCGAGAACAGAGACACUUUAAUAAACUUUAAUGAACAUGAUGUUAUAUCCAUCAAGAACAGUUGCUUAAAAGGCCAACCGAGUUUUCGCGGUGUAGAUAUCUUAUUGACAUCUCCAUGGCCUGAGGGCGUAACCAAUCUUGAUAGUAACAAACCGGAAUGCAAGUAUCAGGGUUCAAAAUUAAUUGCUUGGCUGGCUACUCAUAUUAAACCUAGAUAUCAUGUAUCAGCUUUGGAAGGAGUUUAUUAUGAACGGCCACCAUACAGGAAUCAAAGUCAGGGCGAUGGAAAUAUGGAAAUAGCUACUAGAUUCAUAGCUCUGGCACCAAUAAUGAAUGCUCACAAGAGAAAAUGGUUGUAUGCAUUGAAUUUAACUCCUGUUGAUAGAAGUAGAUUGUCAGAUUUAAUUAUGAAAACGACAGAUGAAACUCCGAGUCCAUAUUCCAAAUCUGUGCUGUCUGAUGAUCCAAUGUCGCAAAAGCAAAUUCACACACAGUUCUUCUAUGACAUGGAUUCGAAAGACAAUGGGAAGAGAUCGUGGCAUCAGAAUAAUUUCAAUAAAAAGCCAAAAUUGGAAUUUGAUCAAUCAAAAUGUUGGUUUUGCCUAUCUAGUCCAGUUGUGUCUAAGCAUCUGGUGAUUUCUGUUGGCACAGAAAUUUAUUUAGCAUUAGCAAAAGGUGGUUUGGUGGAAGAUCAUUUUUUAAUUUUACCGAUAACGCAUCAUCAGAGUUUAUCAAUUCUACCAAAGAAUGUAAAGGAUGAGAUGGAUCUUUACAAGAAAGCUGUGACUAAAUACUAUGAAAGUACUGACAGAGUACCAGUAUUCUUCGAGAGAAAUUUUAAAACAUCUCAUUGUCAAUUGCAAGCAGUACCAGUUCAUAAAAAUCAAGCACCCGCGUUGAAAGAAAUGUUUGAGGAACUGGCUGAAUGUAACAAUUUCAAAAUAAUGGAACUGCCACAGCAUACUGAUUUACAGCAGAUUGCAAAACCUGGUGUUCUAUAUUUUUAUGCAGAACUACCGAACGGAGAAAUAUUGUAUUAUCGAAUUAAAAAAGAUUUCCCUUUACAAUUCGGCAGAGAAGUAUUAGCAUCCGACAGGAUAUUAGAUAUUAAUGACAGAUCCGACUGGAAGGAUUGUCAUAUGAGUCAACAAGAUGAAACUGAAUUAGCUAAUAAAAUUAGAAAACAAUUCGCGCCAUUUGACAUAGACACUUGAUGAUUUAUACUACUUUUAAGUAGUAUGAAAUUUAUAACUAAAACCACGA